UCGAGAUCACGAAAAAACCCCAAAGCUAACAACCUAACUAAAUUACUGGAAUUCGUUUCGUUGACUCAACCUCAACGAACCAACCUUCCCAUCAGACGCAGACCAGCACCAGAGUAGAGGCCAGAAGCAGCGGAACUGGUGUCUAUGCUUUGGUGGUGUUUGGUGUAAAGAUUUUAGUUUUUAUAUAUACGUUACGUACUCAUUUCAAAAGUGUUGUGUUUGUUCAACCAGUAAGUUAAGUUGAACUUUUACUUUUCCAUUUAAUUACUUAUGUACGUACUCGGCGGUUGUUGUCGCGUUGCUGUCGUCGUCGUCUCGUCGUUCCGGUCUUUGAAAAAUCGAUAAAUUUAUUCAAAAAAUAAAAUAAACCUGUCGACGUCGUCGAAAUGGAUCUCAACAAAAAGACAAUCUUUAUCCUCACCGGGGCUUCGAAGGGAAUUGGCAAAACUAUGGCCAUAGAAUGUUGUCGCUUAUUUAAGCCCAAAAGUUUGGCAAUUUUAUUUGCCCGUUCAGCAUCUGGUCUGGAAGAAACAAAGAAGGAGAUUCUAGCUCUAAACAACGACAUCACCGUCAAAGUGUUUUCCCUUGAUUUGGGUGAGAUUUCGGCUAAAGAAUAUCACGAGACUUUGGAUGAUGCCUUGACCGGAGUUGAGGUUAAUGAAUUUGAGCGAGCAUUUAUUGUCCAUAAUGUGGGUUCGGUGGGAGACGUAACCAAAUCGGCAAAGGAACUUUCUGACAUCGAUAAUUGGAAGAAGUAUUUCCACUUGAAUGUUUUCGGAGUGUGCGCGUUGAAUGCGGAAUUCAUGAAGCGUUUCGAAGAUAUCCCAAGACUUGUGGUGAAUAUUACGUCAAAGGUUGGCAUCGAGCCAUUCCCGAGUAUGGCAGAGUAUGGGUCUGGUAAGGCUGCACGCGAGAUGUACUUCAGAGUCUUGGCACUGGAAGAGAAAGACGUAGUUGUACUGAACUACUCACCAGGUCCUGUUGACACUGACAUGACCAUCAUUCUGCAAAACGAAUCCAUGAGUGAAGAGUUGAGGGAGGGUUUCCGGAGUUCAAGGGAGCAAAAGACAAUUCUAACAACUCAACUUACCACUGCUAAGUGCUUAGCAGUGAUAAAGGAAUUCAAAUUCAAAUCUGGUGACCAUGUUGACUUUUAUGAUUAAAAUUUGAAUUGUUAUUAACUCUUUGAUUUCUUUAAAUACCUGACAUUAUAAAAACUGUCUCAAAUAUUUUGUAUUAUGAAUGUUAGUUUCUGAAUGUAUAUGUAUUUCUUCCCACGGUGCUUUUAGUUUUAAGUCUUUUAUUUUUAAUAACAAAUAAAUUAAUUUUUUGUUGUUGUUUGCUUCAAA